AUGGGAGACCAUCCGUCCAUCUCAACCCCCUGUUCCCCCAGGGGUCCCUGUCCUCCUGAGUCUGGUCAGGGGAGGUGCAUUAUUAAUCACAGCACCACCCUGCCCACCACCACCCUGCCCACUACCCACCACCACCACCACCUCCCUGCCCACUGCCCACCACCACCCUGCCCACUACCCACCACCACCCUGCACACCACCACCCUGCCCACUACCCACCACCACCACCACCACCCUGCCCACUGCCCACCACCACCCUGCCCACUACCCACCACCACCCUGCCCACUACCCACCACCACCCUGCCCACUACCCACCACCACCCUGCCCACCACCACCCUGCCCGCUACCCACCACCACCCUGCCCACUACACACCACCCUCCUGCCCACUACACACCACCCUCCUACCCACCACCACCCUGCCCACUACCCACCACCACCCUGCCCACUACCCACCACGCACCUACCCAUCACCACCCUGCCCGCUACCCACCACCACCCUGCCCACUACCCACCACCACCCUGCCCACCACCACCCUGCCCGCUACCCACCACCACCCUGCCCACUACACACCACCCUCCUGCCCAUUACACACCACCCUCCUACCCACCACCACCCUGCCCACUACCCACCACCACCCUGCCCACUACCCACCACCCUCCUACCCAACACCACCCUGCCCGCUACCCACCACCACCCUGCCCACUACCCACCACCACCCUGUCCACUACCACCCUGCCCACUACCCACCACCACCCUGCCCACCACCACCCUGCCCACUACCCACCACCACCCUGCCCACCACCACCCUCCCCACUACCCACCACCACCCCUGCCCACUACCCACCACCACCCUGCCCACCACCCCCCUCCCCCUAUAG